CUGAUGAAAACCUGUGAAAUAGAAUGAUAUCAUUUUAUACUGCAAAUCUGGUGUUUCUUUCUCUAUCAAAAUUUAUCAAGGGAACCAAAUGUAUGAAACAACCUCCUUUACCUACCUGGGAAGCAUCGUUUCAACUACACGUGGAACUGAAGAGGAUAUCAAAGCAAGAAUCGGAAAAGCAAGACAAGCUUUCCUUAGUCUUAAGUCUGUGUAAGGUCAACAGCAUUCAGCAAGAAAAUGAAAGUAAGAUCCGGAUUUUCAACUCCAAUGUGAAGUCAGUGCUACUUGCUAUACGGAUCAAAGACUUGGCCAGCGCGUCAUAAAGAGCAUUUCAAACAAGCUACAGACCUUCAUUAACAGUUG